GUUUUAUGAUGGAACACGAAAAGGAAAAAUAUGAUGAGAUACAGUAUCGCUAUGCUAAGUACUGGAUGCCGUUCCAGUGGGCAUUGUCGCUUUGUCAGGAAGCUCGGAACCAACAAAAAAUUUCCAGCGAUUUCUUGCUGGAAAAGGUUGGAGAGGAAAUUAAAAUAUUCCGUACGAAUAUGGCCAUUUUAUGUAAUUUCGAUUGGGUGCCGCUGCCCAUCAUGUAUCCGCAGUUAAUUGUCUUAGCCGUUCACACAUAUUUUCUCGUUGCCGCCGUCGCCAGGCAAUUCAUUAUCAGUGAAGAAGCCUUGAAUAAGACGCCGACGGAUAUUUAUUUUCCGUUUAUGACAGUGGUACAAUUUGUUUUCUACAUGGGUUGGCUAAAAGUGGCAGAAGCGAUGUUGAAUCCGUUUGGUGAAGAUGAUGAUGAUUUUGAAUGCAAUUUCCUCCUUGAUAAAAAUCUUACUAUUGGUCUCACAAUUGUCGAUGCUGGUUAUAACAAGACACCAGCUCUGCUCAAAGAUGUCUUCUGGAGCGAAAAGCAAAUCGAACCACUGUAUUCGGCGCAGUCCGCUCGAGAGGAGCAUCGCAUCUCCGGUGUUACUGGAUCAACCGCUAACGUCAAAUUCGAGGAAAAAGAUGGAUUGAUUAAAAUGCAGCCGCUAUCAGAAGAAGCGGAAAAUCGUCAUUUACUGUCCGGGCCUUUUGGAAUUUUGCGUAGCUCUCUGCGGUUCAGUUCGCGCGGUGAAAGGUCAAUGAGCCAUUCUUACUUUAAUACGAGCCUGCACCAUGGCGACAGCAAUCGCAAAAAUGACAGUGCCAACGAAUUAUCCGGUAUGGAAAGGGGCUACUCAAAAGGAGAAAACGACGGUGAAAGUAGGCGCAACAGUUUAAGCCGUGUUUUGGAGGCUAUCGUCAGUGAAUCGAAUUCGUACAGUAACCCUGCCAUCGUCGUUACAGGUUCGUGCAGUAAUUUUGAACGAGGGCGUAAAAUAGUUUUUCAAAAAAUAUACUCUGCUUUCUCAAACACUCGUGCUUCGGGAACAAAUAACCAGAAAAUAUUAGUUAAGCAACUGAAAAAGUAGAU